AUGGCUUUUGUUCACUGCGGGUCUGAAGAGUGCACCAAAUCCGAACUAGACUUGUUUCAAAUAGCCCCUAUGCAGACCAGCAUCGAGAAAAGCAUCUACAUCGAGGUGCUGCCUCUAUCAGCCGUUACGGAGUCUGCCUCAAUUGACUUUUUUAUAGCAGGGAACGGCAUAGAUUAUAUGGAUUUAAACAACACGCUGCUGUACCUGUGUUGCAAGAUUGUAAAAGGAAACGGAACAGAACUUGCCGUGGAUGCCGAAGUGGGCCUGGUGAAUUACCCCGUGGCUUCUAUUUUCAGUCAGUUGGAUGUUACACUGGGAGACUGCCUCAUAAGCCAAAGCAACAACUGUUACCCUUACAGGGCCUUUAUAGAAUCGGUGCUCAAUUACAGCAACGACACCCUCACCAUGCAAUUUUCCGCCGGCCUGUUUUACAAAGACACUGCUGGACAACAUGAAGAAACAGAGUUGGAUAGAGGGAAUCUAGGGUUUGUGAGGCGUGCCAAGCUGACGGCCGAGAGCAGAAUGAAAGUACGGGUGGCCCCUGGUGUCCGUCUGGGGCAUGCGGAGGCCCUGCUUACCGCUAAUGCUAAAUAUCCCAUGGACCAUGUGGGAAUGAAAGUGUUUAGCAUCCCCACGGGCAGCAGGGUCAGUAACCAGGAGAACCUGUUCUUGGGACAGUUACCCAAAAUGCUUGUUCUAGGGUUUGUGGAUAAUGAUGCCUUUAGCGGAAGUUACGCUAAAAAUCCCUUUCAUUUUAAACAUUACGAUAUUAAUUUUGUGGCCUUGUAUGUGGAUGGUGAAGAGAUACCGACCAAGCCUCUGCAACCGGACUUCGAGGCAGGAUGCUGUGUGAGAGAAUACAUGAAUUUGGUACAGACGGCUGGUAAAUACAUGAAAGAUCGUUCUCUGUUAAUCGACCAUGAGGAGUUUGCACAGGGUUACACCUUGUUUGCCUUUGACCUGUCUCCCGAUCAGGAAUGUGCCGAUCACUAUUCCCUGAUUAAAACCGGGAACCUGAGAGCAGAAGUACGUUUUGGGAAGGCUUUAACUGUUACCAUCAAUAUGAUUGUGUACGGGGUUUUUGACAAUGUCAUAGAAAUAAAUCAGAGGAGAAACGUUCUGUUUGACUACAUGUGA